CUCGUUGUCUCGCUCCUCAUCUCAGCCGGCAUCAUCCUCUCCUACCUUCCGCAACACCUGCGUAUUCGCCGCCUGCGCACAUCAGAGGGACUCUCACCCUUCUUCCUACUUCUUGGUGUCACGUCCUGUACCAAUUCUCUCAUCAAUAUCGCCGUCCUACAAUGGAAUGUGCUUCGUUGCUGCAGCGUCCUUUCAUCCGGCGUCUGUUUCGCGAAUUCACUUGGUGUCGUCCAGCUCUUACUGCAAUGGAUCAUGUUCACGACGACAGUAGUCUUGUUUUUGAUUUACUUUCCACGACCGCGAUACUUCCCACAACAAGCGACUGUGCCAACAAGUGCAGCGAGUAGCAAUACAUCGAGCUCGCAAGCACGUCAAGGAACACCGGUCCCUGUUGCGCGGCAUGUACCCCGCCAUACAUCGCUUGCUUGGAAUAUAUCACUGGGUGUGUCCUUGGUGGCAUUGGCGCACUUCAUCACCUUUACUGCCAUCUCACUCUCCUUUCUACGGAAAUCAGCGACGAGAGAACGUGCCAUUGUCUGGGCGAAUUGGUUGGGUGGUACGGCGAUGGUACUAUCAGCCUGUCAGUAUCUACCACAGAUCCUCACUACGCUGAAACGGAAAUCAGCAGGUAGUUUGUCCACGACGACCCUUGCAGUACAAGCACCGGGGAGUUUCUUGUUUGCCUGGAGUAUUGCUCAACGACCCGGCGUUCGGUGGUCCAGCUGGGUUUUGUUUCUGGUCACGGGUGCGUUACAGUGUGCUUUGCUUUCCAUCUGUCUCUAUUACCGCAGCAAGAGCAAG